GUAGCUUAGGACUGGCCACCUAUUGGUGGCCGCUGGGACACACUGAUUGAAAGGCCGCCCUCCACGCGAACUCGGCGGCUCCUUUUGUGGAGCCAUGCGUCCUGAACGGGCUACCUUUUGGUACCGGCGGAUGUCUGUGAUCUACGCAAUCGGCGCCUGGUGGGUGCUGGGUUCGGCGAUUUUCUUUACACGGAGCCAGAAGGAGCCAGGUUCUGGAGAAGAACAGAAGGAUGUCUGGAGGGAUGAAGCACCUCUUGCUACAUGUGAAGACUCUGACUUAGAUAGGGAAAUAAGUGAGCCCCUUGAAGAGCCUUAUGUGCAGACAUUUGUAAAGUAUCCAACCAGUUUUAUCUCAGUCACUCAGAGGAUCACGGACUAUCUGAAGUCAUGGACUGGUGGGCCUGGGCCCUGAUCGUGAUCAACUGCUGUAUUCGGAAAACAAGGACUGGGCUGUGUUUGACAGAUGCCUUGACCAAUCGUGAUCAACUGCUGAAUUCGGAAAACAAGGACUGGGCUGUGUUUGACAGAUGCCUUGAUUUUCAUUUUGUGUUUGUGGAAAGAAUGUAUUAAUUUGAUUUUAUAAAAUAUAAUCAUUACUGUGCAACAGA